AUGUCAACAUAUAAACCAACAUACGGACAACAGAAAUCACCUCAUCGAAAAAGAGCUACUUUUACACCGGCUACAUCACGUGUCGCCAAGUAUGGUUUCUCAAGUACAGAUGAUGAGGAUGAAAGCAGCCCAGCCUACAACAACAACAAUACAUCAUAUGACUUUGAUGAUGGAGGUACUUCGAGUACAACCACAACUGCAUUGUUCCCGCCUACCCACUCCUCCUCCUCUUCAAGUGUAUUAAACAACAAUACAACAAUAAACAAACAACAACAAAGAACAACUACUACAACAAGAAGCAACGUAGUCUCUCAACAUCAACAUAAUAAUGGAAUAGACUUUUCAAUGAAUGGUGGUGGAGGUGGUAAUAGUUUCAAGGCAUCAGCUGCUGCAGAUGCAAAGCCUACACAAGCAAAAGUAAAAGCAACUGGAGGAGUUGGUGGAAAUACAGGAGCUGUUCAUCAGCGUCAUCAUCAUCAAAAACAAAGAUCAUUGGUUAUGAGAAUGUUUGAUACUAUAUCAUAUCCAUUUGUAUAUGUAUUUAAUUUAAUAUCUCGUUGUCUAAUGUGGAUUAAUGUUACAUUAUCAACAAAGGUUCAUUCACCAGUAGAUAUGAAUCAUCAAAAUAAAGGACAUGUUGAAAAGAAAUCAAAGGUGAUUGGAUGGGUUACACUUGUUUCUGUUUUGGUAUUGGUAUUGGUUUAUGUUUUAUUUUACAAGUCAUCAUUCCCAAUCAACAUGACAAAUCAUCAUCAAACUGGUGUAGAUGAACAAGCAGUCAUUCAAAUUCUUCAUAAAUAUAUCAAAGAACAUGAAAGUAAAAUGGAAAACAAGUUUGAUAAUAAACUUGGAAUAAUUAAAACUGAAUUGAUUAGUACGACAAUGACGGAAAGUGAGAAAUUAAAGUUGGAACAAAAAAAGGAGAAUCAAUUGAUCAAUACUUUGGUCGAUACAAUGAGAGAGGAAUUAACAGAAUUGAUUCAAACACGUUCAUCCAACGAUCCAAAGGAAUUGUUGGAGAUUUACAAAGCACAAUUGGAUUCACAUGUCAAUCGAAUCAUGGGUGAUUUGACAAAACACGGUAAAACUGAAAAGGAAGAGAUUCAUACCCUCAUCACAUCGGCAGUCAACAAACUUCAAGAAGCAAUGAAACAAUCCCAAGGUGAUAUUGGUAAAUCUGGUCAAGAUCAACUUCAAAAACUUUUAUUGGCUUUUGAAGAAAAUGCCAAUAGUAGAUUAAAUAUUAUCGUUCAAUCAUUAGAUCAUCAACAAACUACUGAAAGAGAGAAAUUAUUAUUGAUUUCAAAAAAAGCAACAGAACAAAUUCAAUCAUUUAGAGAGAUUAUGGAAAAGAAUCCAGAUUUUAUUUCAAUUUCAAAGGGAUUGACAGCAUUGGAACAAACUCAACUUUUGAUUGAUGAUGCACUCGAGAAAUACAGUAGUGACAAGACUGGAAGAGCAGAUUUUGCAUUGUGGGUAUCUGGUGGAAGUAUUGCUUAUGAUCUUGAGCAUUAUCCCAUCACUCAAACCUACCAAAACGAUGAUGUUUCAUGGUUGGAUAUUGCUACUGCAUGGUUGCGUCCAGUACCUAGACUCAAUCCACCCGAAACCAUUUUGGAACCAAUUCGAAAUAUUGGUGAUUGUUGGGCAUUCCCAGGUAAUAAUGGUACUAUUGGUAUUCACUUGUCUGCUCCCAUCAUUGUCCGUUCCGUCUCGAUUGAACAUCCAAACUCCAAGAUUACCUAUCACUCUGAAAGUUCCCCUCAGGAAUUUGAAAUUCUUGGUCUCAAGAAUAGUACCGAUACUGGUGUAUCACUUGCUACCUUUAAAUAUGAUAUUCAUAAGAAUAGACAUUUACAAACUUUUAAUUUUGAUAAUGAACAAGUUUAUAGUGAUGUAGUAAUUAAAAUAUUAUCAAAUUAUGGUUAUAAAUAUACAUGUUUAUAUAGAAUUCGUGUACAUGGAUUAUUAUCAGGAGAUUAUAAUGAUCCAAGAUUAACUUUUUAA